GGCCGCCAGCAGCAUUGCAUUGCCCCCCGUGUCGGGUGAUGCCGGUCGCCGUCUUUGCGCUCGGGGCACGGUUCCGAAAUUUGUCUCCCCUGGUGGGCCUUUCCUCGACACCGGCUGGCGAGGCGCGGCCCCGCCGAGGCUGCCCGGGAGACGCUCGAAACAUCCGGCUCCAUCACCGGCCCUAGCGACGCGUCCUCCAUGCCGGCUCUCGGCUACUGGGGUGACGAUUCGUGGACGUCUUUCGGCGAGCGCCGAGGCAUAUCGGACCCGUCGCGCCUCAGUCUCGACCUGACAAGGACCGGAGCCAACUGCGCAGGUGCUGUUGUUGGUCGGGGAAGCUAUCCGUCUCCGCCCAUGUCGGGGUCUCCGCCGCUACCCCAUAAACUCAGCCACGAGGUUGCCGAACGGGGUCAGGGGACGUAUCACGCCACUACGCAGGAUGUGUAUCCUGGCAUUCAGGCAACGCAGGGCGAGGAGAGGACGCAGACAGGAGCCCCCCACCCGUUCCUCCCAGAUGCUCCGGAGCGGGCGCUAUAUUCUUUUCCUCGACCUGAGGCUCCGGAAGCAAGACCGCAGCUUUACCCUCGCCAGCUCGGCCAGACGUCCGUCCACCCCGCCGUUCAUUCGCCUGGUGCGGGAACGGGCCCAGGCCAGGGCCAAGGCCACCCAAGCCAGCCAAUUCACGCAAGCCACCCGGGGCCGCUGCCCGCUCAGCAGACAUAUCCUGCGGCGACGCACCAUCCCGUUCCCGACAUUCUCCACAGCGCGUCGCCGAAACCACAGAGGAAGGCGAAAGGACAUGUGGCGUCCGCAUGCGUGCCUUGCAAGAAGGCCCAUCUCCGAUGCGACGCGCAGCGCCCCUGUUCGAGAUGUAUCAGCACCAACAAGGAGGGAGCUUGCGUGGACGUGCAGCACAAGAAGCGCGGACGGCCCCGUUUACGAGACGACAGUCAGUCCAAGUACGAGGGCCCUAGAUUCGGGGGCAUCGCGGGUGCCCUAAGACGGCCGCAGUCCUCCGGCUACGGCCCGGGGCCGGCGGUAGGAAUGGCUUAUGAUGAUCCCCUCCGACGGACGCAAUCGUACCGGGUGCUAAAAUCGCAGCCAGCCGGGUCGGCCGCGCCGAGAUUCCCAGAGCGCGGGUUAGCGUCUGACGCAAACAUUCACCCUGCUCCGCUGUCGAUCAGUACCACACGGCUUCGCGAGGAGCCCGUCGCGUUCCUCACCCUUGCUCUCGAGUUCUCAAGAGCGUCGGCUUCGUUCCUGGAGGCAAUAGGACGCGCCUCGGUGGCCGGGCUUCACCUUGAGGCCGUGUUAGUCCCCGAGGAGCGUCCCAGGGCUUUUAAACUUCAGCAGCAGGCGCAGGAGGAGCAGACCAGGAAAGAGCCAGCUUACCUGCCACCGAUAUUGACUGAGCGGAGUGAAAGUGUGAUCCAAAGCCUCGGUUUCAGCCCAGAAGAGGUGUCCAGAUACCCCCUUCAGUGGCUGGAUACAUUCACCUUCCGAGGCGACGAUGGACAAGCGCGUCCAAUUCCGCUGCGCGCGGGGCUUGCCACACGCGACUCGAUAUACUUUGUGGUGCUCCUGCUGAACCGGAUGCCCCCGUCGUCGUAUCCAACCCCCUCGCCAAGUCUCAGGGACAUGGUUGGUUCUUUCGAACCAGGCGUGCAGACCUACUCGCAGCCGACGCCCCUCUCCGCCACGUUCGAUCUGAGGCAGUCGAGACUGAGCGAUCCCGGAUACGACCCCAGACAGGUGCCUGGGCCGCCGCAUGGGGCACCACCAGCACCACCAGCACCACCACCACUGCACAUGCUGGCAGCGCCAAGCCCUGGCCUCGCCUCGUCGUCACCGUACGGCGCGUCCCCCAGCAGGCCCGAUUACCCCAUCACGCCAAGGACGACGACGUAUCCGGGCCCGACAAGAGGCGAGCCACAUACCCAUCCUCCGCCAGGCCCGCCAGGCCCGCCAGGCCCGCCAGGUCGCCCACCCCAACUCGCAGCGGCCGAAUACCAGCAGCUCCUGCCCCUGCCGAGGAUACGGAGCUCCCCGCCUCCUACGGGCACCUCAUCGUCCCAGCAGCAGCUCGAGCCGCUGGCGCCGGCGCAGCCCCCGCAACAACCCUCGCCCCCGCGUCCGCCGCUGCCACCGUAUGAGGCGCGGGACGAUCGAUCGCGCAUGGGCAUUCGUGGUCUCCUGGAACAGCAGCAGCAGCAAAAGCAGCAGCAGCAGCAGCAGCCGGGACAAGGGCCGAGGAAAAUCCCUUGAUGGAGGCAGAGCGACCCUGAGCGAGGACGCAACGCGUGGACGAUAUGUGGGUGCGAGUGCGCGUGAGAGAGUUUGUGUGGGCGAGUGCGUGCGUGU